GGCUCUAUCAAAAAAGUUCAUCGUUCUGUUCAUUCGAAAUACAAGCACGCCAUGGAAAGCGAAGGAAAGAUGAUCGCUUGCUAUGCUGCUGUGGCUCAUGGAGCUGGGAAGCCGAUGGUCAUCGAGAAGAUCCAGGUUGCGCCACCGGGAUCGACCGAAGUUCGUCUUAAAAUCGUCCACACCUCUCUGUGCCGCACAGACAUCACCCUCUGGAAGAAUGGCAACAUAUUCCCUCGCAUUUUCGGUCACGAAGCAGCUGGAAUUGUUGAGAGCAUAGGCAAAGAUGUGAAGGGUGUUCAACCAGGAGAUCACGCACUCACACUGUUCACGGGAGAGUGCAAAGAGUGUGACUACUGCAAAUCCGGGAAGACCAACGUUUGCCAAAAGUAUGGAAUCGAUCCGGAGAGAGGGGUGAUGGUGAGCGACGGUAAGAGCAGAUUUCUUACAGAGGAUGGCAAGACUAUAUACCACUUUUUGGGAACUUCAACCUUUAGCCAGUACACUGUUGUGGAUCAAGCUUGCAUUUGUGUUGUAAAUAAGGACGCUCCUCUCGAGAAGAUUUGUCUACUCAGCUGUGGUGUCACUACAGGUGUUGGUGCUGCGACAAAAGCUGCGAAAGUAGAGAAAGGAUCCACAGUAGCAAUUUUUGGUCUCGGAACUAUUGGAUUUGCUGCUGCACAAGGUGCUAAGAUUGCUGGUGCCUCGCGCAUUAUUGGCAUAGAUAUAAAUCCUUCAAAGCUGGAAGAAGGAAAGGCGAAGUUUGGCUUGACGGAUGCGAUCAAUCCAAAAGACCAUGACAAACCAGUGCAAGAGGUGAUUCGAGAAAUGACCAAUGGAGGAGCUGAUUACACCAUCGAGUGCGUUGGGAAUGUAAAUCUCAUUCGUGAUGCUGUGGAGAGCGCUCAUGAGGGCUGGGGAGUCACUGUUGCGGCGGGUUUAGACGAAAGCACCAAAGUCCUGACCGUGAGUCCCAAAAAUUUCCUCUUUGGACGCUGGCUCACGGGAACGUGGUUUGGGGGCUACAAAGGAAGGUCGGAGCUCAAUCAACUAGUGGAAAAGUACAUGAACAAGGAGCUAAACCUCGAUGAUUUUAUCACACACAAGCUUCCAUUGGCCAAAGUUAACGACGCUGUGACUCUUAUGGAGGAGGGGAAGUGUUUGAGAUGCGUGCUCGACGCAAAUGCCGUGUAAAAAAUCUUUGUAUAGACAUUGACAUUGCGAUUUUAAUAAUUCGUGGUUUAACAGCACGUUUAACA